AUGAAAUUCAUACCUCUGCACACGACAAAUACGUCGAUUGUCUACAAGAACUCGCUUUGCUCGCUGGCAUCGUUGCUGGUGCUCGUUUUCAUAGCGUUGUCCGUAAUGCUGCCCGUGUUAUUGGUUUCACUCUUGAGCCCCUACUCCGGCAUAUCCGAGUCCCGUGUGUUAUAUGAACAGCCCGUCGUACAGUUCAAAUACCAAUAUAUAUUCGUGGCCAACAUGGAGUCAAAGCUGGAAAAUGCAACGCUGGAAGAGUCCUUUUUGGCCUGCAGCAGUUUUGGCAACUUGAAUGCGCGCCUGCAGAACUAUUCGAGCCGCUGCGAGGCGACCAAAUAUUGGACACAGGAUUUGGAUUACGAUACGGUCACGGAUCGGCUACACUUUCAGUUGGAACUGCAGCAGCUGCCCGCACGCCUGAUGAACUUUGAUUUGUUGCUGUUCUUCGAGGCGCAGCUGCGGCACAAGUGCGUCCUCAAUCCGCCCGCUGUGCUGGCGCAUCAGCUGCAGCUGCCACAGGCGGCACGUCUGCAAAACGGACGCAUCCAGCUGAAGGGCGAGCUGAAGCUGAAACAAUAUGUGGAGUUCACCUGUCCCUUUCCGGGUCGCAACAUCCAAACACACUUCCGCCAGGUGCAGCUGGACACGAACAACAGCAAGGCGGACAUGUCCCAGUAUAAGAUGGAAUCGCUGCUGGCUCAGGUCAAGGCAAAUCCAGCCUACUUUCAGCUGUCCGUGCAGGAAACCUAUUACAGGCCCAGUGCGCCGCGCUUGGAGCCCGGCCUGAGCAUCGAACUGGAGUUGGAUGUGCUGCAAUUGCCGGCACGCUAUCAUUUGAGCAUUUGGGAGCGUCUGGGUCAGUUCUGGUUGUAUUUCGCCUCAUUCUUUGGCAUUUCGUUUUAUCUGAUGAACAAGUUGAAGGAUUUUCUGUUCGGCCGACACAUCAUACGCUCCUGGGAGAUAAUACCAUGGAAGAAGCUCUACUGACACGAAUCGGGCGCC